AAGUGUAUAACCGAGAGUUUGACUUUGUAAACAGUUUCUACUUGUGCUAGUUUCAAAUUUUUUAUGUCCACUGAUUUCUUUUGUUUUGCAUGAAAUAAUUUCAGUUCAAAUCAAUAUUUCAUGUAAUUUUAACUAAGCACAUAUGCAGUUAGUGAAACUUUAUUUUAUUUCCAGACUCAAGGUCCGUUAACAAGAAACACACAAUACAAACCAAGACAAUACACGUUCAAAAAGACAGUUAUACCAACACUUCCUCAUACACUCUUAAAAAUAACCAUUCAGUCAAACUUUCUUUAAAGAACAAUCUCUUUCUUACCCUUUUUAUAAUCUAAAGAACCUUCUUUUGCCACAAAGAACCUUUUGUUAAACAAAAAGGUUCUUCAGAUGUUAAAGGUCCUUAUGGAAACAUUUAGACAAAAAGGUUCUUCUGGCAUCCUGAAGUAACUUUAUUUUUAAGACUGAUAUCGCACUUCAGUAGAUUCGUCAACAACAUUAUAAUAUUAAUAUUUGAAUUGUCCAAAAGUGAGAUAAUAUACCGCUGGUAAUUAGCAAAAAACAAACCACCACGAUGUAUUCAUAAUACAAAAUGUAUCCCUAUCUUCUCCGAUGAUUUAUCUUGCUGUUCUCUUCUCACUAGAUAUUAUCAACAUGUGUGUGGAUGCUUAUCUCUUUGUUUCCUGUGUUUAUAGCUGGACAUGCAUUAUUUAACGGUAUCUCGAUUCAGACGGUCCAUCGAGGAAUGUCAGUCAAUAUCAGCUGUAACUACAAACCAUCAAGUGACAGUGAUGGUUUCAUAGUAGAACUGCAAACUAAUAGCACAUUGUGCUCAGUGAGCGAAAAUAACAAUUCAUGGAUAAAUCAGUCAUGUAGAAAUCACAGUAGAUUUAUUUGGAUUCCAGAAACUGUGCAAAUGGCAUUUGAAAUAUCAAAUCUGCAGAUAAAAGAUACUGGCACUUACAAAUGUGUUGUGACAAGAACUAUACCACCUCCUUCUGUGCUUUUGAGAGAAGAAACAACAUUUGUUCAAGUGAUUGCACACCCAGUUGUGUCUGUGUCAGAUGUAAGUGCAUUGGGUGGAUUUCCCACAAUCCUGUGCAUCUCUGAGGGGUUUUACCCUUCAGCUCUAGAGCAGCUGUGGAUGAGAAAUGGAGCAUUUCAUAAUGCCUCAUUCACAAACAGCACUGACAAAACCAACCCUGAUGGAUCAUUCACCCUCCAUUCAUACCUGAAGAUAUCUGACUGUGCACACUACUCGUGUUGGGUAAACCACUCAUCCCUGAACAAACCAGCAAUAGUCCACAUGAGUCCUACUGACUGUAAUGAGAACAGAGAGGGGUUUAAUGGUUAUAAUAUUCAGAUAGCUUUGUUCAUCUCUUCACUGCUAACUUCAGUCCUCAUGAUCAUCACAGCAAUGUGUUGUCCAUACAGAGCCUGUCAGCAGCCUGUGAGCGUCAGUGUCACAUCUGACUCUGAACUGAAGACUGUGGUUCUGUAUUCAAUACUGAGUGAUCCUCAUCCAGUUUCAUACAGCAACUGUCACCUCCACAAACCUGAUUAUUGCAGUUUAUUAUUCCAGUGAGACAUGUAGACCCGUUACUCAAAAAAUAAAGU